AUGUCUAGAUACGCCUCUGCCCUCGUCUUCACACUGGCCACGAUUGCAGCUGCGGACACGAGACCUGCCGACGUGACGAUCUGCGAUUACUACACGAAUGCAAUUUUCGGCGUCAACAAUGCCACGAACCAGAAGGCCAUUGUAAUUGCGGUGGUGAACACGGCAGUGGCCGGCAACUACACGCACAAUGUUCAGAAGACGAAUAUUGCUGUACCCGGGAUCCUGGCUCUGAACGCAACCUUUGAUGGCACGUCAGUGAACUUGUUGCCAUACUUCGACGGCAGCUUGGCAUCAAGCAGCAUAGGUGGAAAGGCUGCUGCGGUCGACUGGCUGGAUGGUGGUGGAGCCGCGCCACUGUAUAAGAGUAUGCCGACGAGCAGCAACGGCACGCAUCAAUAUACCCUCAUGACCCACCUAUAUGAAUACUUUGGUGGCGUUCUCGGCUGCUCAGGCUACGGCAAGGGCUUCCCUUCCUACAACAGCACGACGAGCAUGUACAGUGUGCACAAGUACAUGGCCCUCAACCCUUUCGAAGUCAGUUACUUCAUCGAGCAAGUCGGCGCAAGUGCGGCUAGCUGGGGUGUAAGUCCUGCAGAUGUCGAGGUUGUGGGCUCAACACUACAGAGUCUGUUCGGACAGAAGUGUACUGCAAAUACAAGCGUGCUGCCAGGCUCGCCGCCUGAGCUGCAGUCGAUCUGCAUUGAUGCUGCGUGUCCACGAGCACCGAAUGCCUCUUGUUCAGCAUACGAUGCAGUCGAGAGGCCUGCCGCUGGCAACGGAACAGCAACGAAGCACCCAAGCAAUGGCUCUGCGCCGAGCAACGCCAGUGGUACGAUGCCGCCCGGCUCCUCUGGAACGAGCAAAAAUGGUGCGAUGGCGUUACAGCCGUUGAUUGGGACUGUGAUGUCUGCACUGGUUGCAGGGAUAGUACUGACGUUUCUAUGA